GCUCCGUGCUCCGGCGCAGGCGCACAGGGGACGGUCGCUGGCCUAGGUGAGCGGGCGCGGUGGUCCAGGUGAGCGGGCGCGUCCCGGCGACGGCGCUGCCUCCCCGAGGCGGUUCACGUAAACCCAGCGAGGCCCUGCCGGCCAGCCGGGAAGGAGGCGUGGAUAUGGAGCUGGCGGCUGCCAAGCCCGGGGUCCGCGCCGCAGCCUAGCGCGUCCCGGGGGCUCUGUGGGGACGCGCCCCCCGCCGCGGCUCGGGGACCCGUAUAGCCCCGCGCUGCGCGGAUGGCCCUGCUCCCGCGCCCCGCGCUCACCCUCCUGUUCCUCCUCAUGGCCGCUGUUGUCAGGUGCCAGGAGGAGGCCCAGACCACCGACUGGAGGGCCACCCUGAAGACCAUCCGGAACGGCGUUCAUAAGAUAGACACGUACCUGAACGCCGCCUUGGACCUCCUGGGAGGCGAGGACGGUCUCUGCCAGUAUAAAUGCAGUGACGGAUCUAAGCCUUUCCCACGUUAUGGUUAUAAACCCUCCCCACCGAAUGGAUGUGGCUCUCCACUGUUUGGUGUUCAUCUUAACAUUGGUAUCCCUUCCCUGACAAAGUGUUGCAACCAACACGACAGGUGCUAUGAGACCUGUGGCAAAAGCAAGAAUGACUGUGAUGAGGAAUUCCAAUAUUGCCUCUCCAAGAUCUGCCGAGAUGUACAGAAAACACUAGGACUCACUCAGCAUGUUCAGGCAUGUGAAACAACAGUGGAACUCUUGUUUGACAGUGUUAUACAUUUGGGUUGUAAACCAUAUCUGGACAGCCAACGAGCUGCAUGCAGGUGUCAUUAUGAAGAAAAAACCGAUCUUUAAAGGAGAUGCUAACAGCUGGUGACAGAUGAAGAUGGAAGAACAUAACCUUUGACAAAUAAUUAAUGUUUUUACAACAUAAAACUGUCUUAUUUUUGUGAAAGGAUUAUUUUGAGACCUUACAAUAAUUUAUAUCUUGAUGUUAAAACCUCAAAGAAAAAAAAGUGAGGGAGAUAGGGGAGGGCACACUUGUCUUCUCAGGUAUCUUCUCCGGCAUUGCUUCCUAACUUAUUAUGCCAAACGUCUUGACCAGUAUCAAAAACAAGUGCUUGUUAAGCAGAGUAUUUUUGAAAAGAAGAAUAUAAACUCAAUUUUCACAACCAUAUUCACCAAAAAGAUCAAAUAUAAAAUUCAUAAGGUCUAUGCAACAUUAUCUUAUUUGGAAAUAUGGGGAAAUUAUCACUUACAAGUAUUUGUUUACUAUGAAAUUUUAAAUACACAUUUAUGCCUGGAAGGAACGGACUUUUUCUUUUUCUAUUUUAAUUUCACAUAAUAUGUCAUUAAAGUACAACAUAAUAUGUUGUUUCUCUGUAGCCCGUUGAGCAUAUGAGUAAGUCCCAUUUCUGUUAGGACUACUUACAAGGACAAGGUUUCCAUUUUUCCAGUUGUAAAAUUGGAACCAUCAGCUGAUAACCUCAUAGGGAGCAAAUCCAGGAUAGCUGAGUAUUAUGUAAUAUGCCUAGAAGAUGAUGUGAAUGUGAUUCAGAAGCAUAGCCACUCCUAUUUUAUGACCUACUCACAUGACAAAUGUUACCUUUGCUAUAACCUUUGUUAAGUUGGAGAAAAGAUGGAUUUAAUGAGAUAAAUGAGAAGAUAUUUAACAUAAUACAUCAAGGCACUAUUUGCUGUUAUGCCUUCUUAUUUAUUUCCCAGCACUUGUUCCUUAUCAUAGAUUUUUUAAAUACUAUAACCUUUUACUAACUGUGGUCUUACUAAAAUUUGUGCUUGAUACUGCUUUUCAAAAAGCCUUUAACUAGAGCCAAGGGGAUGGAAAACGCAAGAUAUAAAUAACUGCCUCUUACAGAUCUCUUAUUUACAUUGAAAAUUAUUACCAUAUGUUUAGAGCAAAUCCCAGAAAAUUUCAACAGCUUCUGAAGAUGUCUAUGAAUGUGGAAAACUUUUCAAUCUCUUGGAAUGCUCAGUUAUGUUCCUGACUGGUCUUUUCUGACUACUGGUUCAUAACCUUUCCGUAGCCCAGGACCUCAAGCCAUAUAUAUCCUUUGGGUAUAACCCACGGCCAAAGUUAUUAAGAUGAAAUGACUUUCAAAGUCAGAGAAGGACAGCAUAGGGAGAGGUGGUUCUUUGUAAGUCAUUACAGGUAGAACAGGGCAGAAGGAAAAAUACGCUCUGGAGAAAGGGCCAUGUUCCUAACUUUGGAGAUGUGUCAUUGCCAGGAACCUAGUAUCUUCCAACUUGAAUUGGUGGCAGCUAUUCCACUGAGACAAGGCACAUGUAUGCCUUGUGGCUAAGUGAGCAAACUGGGCUUCCUCUUAAAUGUUUGGAAUCCUCAAUUGAUUAUUUCAAACCUUUAUAAAAGAUACAGUUUUGUAAGCCUUUAUUAAUAAUUAAUGCUUAUCGGCCAGGCAUGGUGGUUCAUACCUGUAAUCCCAGCACUUUGGAAGGCUGAGGCGGGUGGAUCACUUGAGGUCAGGAGUUUGAGACCAGCUGGCCAACAUGGCGAAACACCAUCUCUACUAAAAAUACAAAAAUUUGCUGUGCGUAGUGGCGCAUGCCUGUAGUCUUAGCUACUUGGGAGGCUGAGGCAGGAGAAUCACUUGAACCCAGGAGGUGGAGGUUGCAGUGAGCCAGGAUCGUGCCACUGCACUCCAGCCUGGGCAAUAGAGCAAGACUCUAUCUUAAAAAAAAAAAAACUUAAUGGUUUAUCAAUAUUUAUUAUUGAAAUACUUGUCCAGGUAACUUUACACUUAUAAUGAAUUCAUGGAUUUUGUUAGCAGCAUUGGCUUUCUCAAAAGGACAAACUCAGAAUAUGUUUAUAAAAUAUAAUUCAUGAUCACAAAUUACACAAAAAUCAGUAGAAACAGUUUUUAUGUUCAGAUUUAAAAAAAAACUUGGAAUACUUUUAGAUUUACAGAAAAGUUGCAAAGAUACAUGGAGAGCUUCUGUGACCACUCACCCAGUUCCCCUAGUGUUAACCUUUUAUUUAGCCAUGAAGCAUUUGUCAGAAGCUAAGUAACCAAUAUUGGUAAUUACUAUUAACAGAACUUGACUUUAUUUUUCAGAUUGUACUAGUUUUUUAAUUAAUGUCAUUUUUCUUUUCCAGGAUCCAAUCUAGGAUACCACACUGAAUUAGUCGUCAUGCCUAAUUAGCCUCUGGUCUGUGAUAGCUCCACUGUCUUUCUUUUUCAUAAACUUGACAGUUUUGAGGAGUACUAAUAAGGUGUUUUGUAGAAUGUGCCUCAAUUUGAGUCUGUCUGAUGUUUUCUUCAUGAUUAGAGUGGGGUUAUGGAUUUUUUGGAAGAAUACCAGAGGUGAAGGUCCUUCUCACUGCAUCAUGUCAGGAGUUACAUGCUAUCAGCUUGAUGGUGUAUUAACUUUGGACACUUGGUUAAGGUAGUGUGUGUUGGUUUUUUGCUGCUGAAAGUGACUGUUUAUUUUCCCUUUCCAUACCUCUGUUCUUUAAAAAACAGUCACUAAGUCCAGUCAUGGGAGGUGGUGGGUGGGGAAGAUUACAUUCAACCUCCUGGGAGUGGGAAUAUCCAUACGUAGUAUUUGGAAUUUUUCUAUAUGGGAAAUUUGUCUCUCCCUCCCACUCUAAUUUGUUUAUAUCAGUAUGGACUCAUGUACAUUUUGUAUUUUGGGUAACAGUAUUUAUUUUGUUGCUUAAAUUGUCCAGCUUGGCUAUUAGGAGUUGUGCCAGGCUGGCUACUAUGUCCCUUUGAUGUGCCCAUCCUUUUGAUUUUUGAGCACUUCCUUAUUUCUGGCACUACAAGAUGCUCCAGGUUCAUCUUGUAUAUUCCCUGCCCCAGUGCUAGAAUCCCUAGAAUCAACCCCUCCUCCAAAGAGCCCUGGUUCCUUUUGUUGGAGAAUCAUACUUAGAAACCAAGAACUGGGCAUUAGAUGUGCUUGUUUCUACUGGGAUGUCAUUGUUUGCAGCAGAAUUGAGAAAUACGUAGGUAUAUUAACCCAUGCAUAUGUACACAUCUGUAAUUAUUAUUGUAUGUGUGUACACAGCUCAACAUGAGUUUGUACUGCCGUCUUCAACUCAAAAUUUGUCCCAAAAUUUUAUGGCAUGUAUUUAGAUUUUAAAGUUGCUAUUUUCCCAAUUGACAGAAUAAACUCAUUAAAAGAGCAAAAAA